AGAGGCGGCCUCCUGCUCUGGUCUAUUAUAUGCCGAAAGGUAAAGGAGUCCACGAUUAAUAAGCAAGUCCGAAAUCUGCUCAACCUCGUAAACAAGGUGCUGCCAGCUCUUAAGGAUACACCUAAGAAGCAAGAGGUCUAUCGAGAGGUGGCCCGCAGUUCUAUCAUUCUCCUCAAGAAUGACAUAAAUGUACUGCCUCUUGACCCAUUAGCGGAGCAAACAUACGGCCUGAUAAUCGGCCCUGCUAUCGCGAACCCUGCCGUUGGCGGCGGUGGCUUGGCUAACCUUAUUUCAUACUAG